UGGUUGAAGGUUGAAGUACUGGUAAUCUAACCUAAGUUUUAAAGUUUAUUCGCAUUUGGUGUGCAAACAAUUUUUUAGUGUUGUUUGGUGUGCAGAAUACGAAAAUGGCAAAAGGAAAUAAAAACGAAUUCGCCCACUUAACCCUAGAGGAGCGCAAGGUGAUAACGGUGGCCGAAGUGGUGCAAGAGGUGAUCAAAGCCCACGAGGAAAAGCGCAAUGUCAACCUCAACGCCCUCAAAAAUAAAGUGGCCUCAAAGUACGGGCUGUCGAGCACCCCCAGACUGGUGGACAUCAUAGCGGCCGUGCCUCAAGACUACAAGAAGGUUCUGGUGCCGAAACUGAUGGCCAAACCCAUCCGAACCGCUAGUGGGAUUGCAGUAGUGGCGGUGAUGUGCAAACCUCACAGGUGCCCUCACAUCAACAUGACCGGGAAUAUUUGCGUGUAUUGUCCAGGAGGGCCCGAUUCGGACUUUGAGUAUUCCACUCAAAGCUACACUGGAUACGAACCCACCUCCAUGAGGGCCAUCAGGGCCCGAUACGAUCCGUACCUCCAAACCAGGCACAGACUGGAACAGCUGAAACAACUCGGCCAUUCGGUGGACAAAGUGGAGUUUAUCGUGAUGGGAGGCACAUUUAUGAGCCUCCCUGAGAGCUAUCGCGACUAUUUCAUCCGAAACCUCCACGACGCUCUAUCUGGCCACAAAAGCGAUUCAGUCGAAGAAGCAGUGAUGUACUCGGAACGCUCCAACACCAAGUGCAUCGGCAUUACGAUCGAAACCCGGCCAGAUUAUUGCUUGCAAAGACACCUGUCUGACAUGUUGAAGUACGGAUGCACUCGCCUAGAGAUCGGAGUCCAGUCGGUGUAUGAAGAUGUCGCUUUGGACACCAACAGAGGCCACACAGUGAAAGCAGUGUGCGAAACCUUCAACUUGGCAAAAGACGCGGGAUUUAAGGUGGUGGCGCACAUGAUGCCCGAUUUGCCCAAUGUGGACCUGGAGCGGGACAUGGAGCAAUUUAUUGAAUUUUUCGAGAAUCCAUCAUUUAGAGCCGACGGUUUGAAGAUUUAUCCGACUCUGGUGAUCCGCGGCACCGGCCUGUACGAGCUGUGGAAGACUGGCCGCUACCAGAGCUACCCGCCCUCGGUUCUGGUGGAUUUGAUCGCAAAGAUCUUGGCUUUGGUGCCUCCAUGGACGCGAGUCUAUCGCGUGCAGCGCGAUAUUCCGAUGCCUUUAGUGAGCUCGGGAGUCGAGCACGGCAAUUUACGCGAGCUGGCUCUAGAACGCAUGAAAGAUUUAGGCCUGAAAUGCCGCGAUGUUCGAACCAGAGAAGUCGGAAUAACGGAGAUCCACGAAAAAGUGCGCCCUCACGACGUGGAGCCCAUCAGGCGCGACUACUAUGCAAACGGCGGAUGGGAGACAUUUUUGAGCUACGAAGACCCCAAGCAAGACAUUCUGGUGGGGCUUUUAAGACUGAGGCAAUGCUCCAAAGAGACGACUUUCCGCCCGGAGCUGGUUGGGAACACUUCAAUUGUGCGGGAGCUGCACGUCUAUGGAAGUGUCGUGCCUGUAAGCGGCCGCGAUGACAACAAGUUCCAACAUCGAGGAUAUGGAUCUCUUCUGAUGCGCUGGGCUGAAAAGAUUGCAUGGACUGAGCACGAAUCGUCGAAAAUCGCCGUUAUUUCCGGAGUGGGCACCAGGAAUUACUACCGGAUGUUGGGCUAUGAGCUGGAAGGGCCGUACAUGGUGAAACAGCUCCCUCCUAUGCGACAAUACCAACCGAGAGCGGAAGAGGGUGAGCAGCAAAUAGCGGCCACAGUGCGAGAUUUUAAGCUACACCUCGAUGAUGAUGCCGAAGACGAUGCCUGGCUGGCGGCUUGGGACAAGAAUCACAUCACGCCCAAGUCGAAUUAGAUCUAAAGUUGAAUAUUUUUUAAUACAGCGUUAUUUUAAAGGAAGUUUCGUUCGGUUGUUUGUCCGUAAAUGCUUGUGUUUUCGUUUAAAAACCUAUAAAAAUCAGUUUUUAUUUUCCUGGGUUUGUUAAUCCGCUGCUGCAAACCAGUUGACUAGGUUACAAAUAUUUAAGCAGAUUUUAUAAAUUGUUGGUUUUAGUUUUUUAAUAAAUUAAAUAAAGC